AUGGCUUCAAUCUCAAACACCACAAGUUCUGUUAAACCAACAAAACCCAUAAAAAUAACCCUUGAUUUUCAUUUUCUUACUAAACCAAAGGUGUUACUACCAACCCCGCGGGAAUUGGUAGAGGCAGGAAAAGACAUAGAAUGUGUUUACUGGGAAUUGGUUGUGAAAGACAUACAUGAUACUUGCAAACUCUUGGAAUCAAUUUACAUUGAAUCAGAGGGUGUAGAUGGCUAUGUAUCUGUUGCAGUUUCUCCCAAGCUUGCAAAUGAUACCAAAGGGACAAUUGAAGCAGCAAAAUGGCUACAUAAAAUGGUUGCAUGUCCAAAUGUUUAUAUUAAAAUUCCUGCAAUUGAUGAAUCCAUUUCUUCAAUAAAGGAAGUUAUUUCGCUUGGAAUAAGUGUAAAUGUGACUCUCAUAUUCUCUCUCCCUAGAUAUGAAGCAGUUAUUAAUGCUUACUUGGAUGGUCUUGAGGCUUCUAGUAUGAAUGAUUUGUCUAACGUUUCAAGUGCAGCUGCUUUCUACAUCAGUAGAGUGGAUGUUGCAAUUGACAAGAAACUUGAGAAGAUUAUUAAUAAAACAAGUGGUCAUUCUUUGGUGCAUAAACAGAUUUCAACCAUACCACCAGACCCUGCUCUUAAAGCAUUCUUGGACCAUGGUAUUCUUUCAAGAACCAUUGAUGCAAAAGUAUCAGAGGCCGAAAGCAUUUACAAUGCAAUUGAGACGCUGGGGAUCGAUUGGAGUUGUGUUGGAUCACAUCUUGAGAACGAGGUGCUGGAUUCUUUCAAAAGAAGCUUUGAAAAUGUGAUUGAAUGCUUGGGAAAGAAGGCUAGAAUGCAAGUGGUAGAUGCCUAG